ACGUUUACCGAAAGAGUCAAGCUCGCAGUUCAUGCAUGGAAAAAAAGUUAUGUCGUUUUUAAACACGAGGAAUCGCUUUGUAAAGAUUAUCAUCUAAACGACAGAAAUCCGCCCUCCAUCUGCCAAUAUUAGGUAUUCAGUUAAGCAAAAGUACACCAAAGUUGCCAAAACGUACAAAAGCAGUGGUUGUUUUCGAUGAUUCUGAGGUUGGCUGCUUGAAAUAAAAUGCCUUUAUAUGUCUUGAGGCAACCAAAAGGAAGAACACAUGAAGCAUUGAAAGGGACUGAAGUAGCAAGGGAGAAGGAAAAAAGGGGCUCUCUUUCGUUCCAGAUUUAAACCGGACAUAUUUGAUACUGAAGAAGGCUACAGGUCGAAUAGUUAAAAUGAACUUUUUGUUUUUUGAGACCUCUCUCCUAAUAUGAGCCUCUUCAAGCGGCUGAUACCCACCAAACAAGGGCUUGGUGAUGCCAUAAAUCACUUGAGGGGACCUUCUUUUUGCCUUUUCCAUUCAGCAUCAGAUAGUAAUAUGGAACUUCAUUCUCAAGACCAGGAAGUAGUAAUUGCUUUGGGAAGCAAUGUGGGUCAGAGACUCCAUAAUUUCAACAAAGCAUUACAGAUGAUGAAGCAAUCUGGCAUUAAUAUUACUAGACAUGGUUGUUUAUAUGAGACAGCACCUGCCUAUGUGACUGAUCAGCCUCAUUUUCUUAACUCAGCUGUUAGAGCUGUUACGAAACAUGGUCCACAUGAGUUGCUGGAAGUGCUUAAGAAGAUUGAAAAGGAUAUCGGCCGUACUGCUGGGAUAAGAUAUGGGCCAAGGCCAAUUGAUUUGGAUAUAUUGUUCUAUGGAAAGUUCAGAAUUGAUUCGGCGACACUCACUGUCCCUCAUGAGAGAAUAUGGGAGAGACCAUUUGUAAUGGCCCCAUUGGUAGAUUUACUGGGAUCAGACAUUGAGAAUGAUACAGUUGCUUGCUGGCAUUCUUUGUCGAGGCAUUCUGGUGGACUUUUUGAAUCAUGGGAGAAAUUGGGUGGUGAACACCUUAUUGGGAAGGAAGGGUUGAAAAGAGUUAUACCAAUUGGAAAUCACUUGUGGGAUUGGUCACAGAAAACUUCUGUGAUGGGUAUUAUUAAUUUAACCCCUGAUAGUUUUAGUGAUGGAGGAAAGUUCCAGUGUGUGGAUUCUGUAGUUUCUCAGGUCCACUUGAUGCUUUCAGAAGGGGUAGAUAUUAUUGAUUUUGGAGCUCAAUCAACAAGGCCAAUGGCCUCUAGGUUAUCUCCUCAGGAAGAAUUAGAUAGACUAAUGCCUGUCUUAGAAGCGGUCGUUAAAAUACCUGAGAUGAAUGGAAAGCUCAUAUCUGUGGACACUUUUUACUCUGAAGUUGCUUCAGAAGCAGUCAAAAUGGGAGCGCAGCUUGUAAAUGAUGUUUCUGGUGGACGGUUGGACCCAAACAUGACUAAGGUUGUUGCUGGCCUGGAGGUUCCUUAUGUCACAAUGCACAUGAGAGGAGAUCCAACUACAAUGCAGAAUACUGAGAACCUGCAAUAUGAUGACGUUUGUAAGCAGGUUGCAUCUGAGUUGUAUUUGAGGAUUAAUGAUGCAGAAUUAUCAGGCAUCCCAGCUUGGAGGGUUAUCAUUGAUCCUGGAAUUGGAUUCUCAAAGAACACUCGGCAGAAUUUGGACAUACUCAUGGGAUUGCCAACUAUUAGAGCAGAGAUUGCAAAAAAAAGCUUAGCCUUGUCUCAUGCUCCUGUACUCAUUGGACCUUCCAGAAAGAGAUUCUUGGGUGAAAUUUGCUCUCGCCCUGCUGCAAUUGAAAGAGAUCCUGCAACCAUUGCUUCCAUCACUGCCGGGAUUUUGGGAGGAGCGAACAUUGUGAGAGUACAUAAUGUUAGAGAUAAUGUAGAUGCUGUGAAGGUAUGUGAUGCCAUGCUGAAAAAAUAAAGCUCUGCUCCAUAAUUAUCAGACAAUAAUUUAAUUUCUUUCUUUCUGAACACUUUGCUCUGCGUUUUAGUCCGCCACCCCUCUUAUUGUCUGCAUCAUUCUUAUGAGAGUAGAAGAAUGGUGUUGCCAUUAAUAGCGUGAGGCUUAUGGUUCCCUUUGCUGCAAAUCUCAUGGAGAUGCUGUUUCCAUUGUAAACUUAAUGUUUCAGUUUGUAAAUUUUUUUGUUGUGCAAUGGAUGACACAGUUUAAAUUGCUGCA